AUGACAAGCGCAAUGCCGAUGGCCUCUCUGUCCACGAUGCUGCUGGUCGAUGACGAGCGGCAUCUCCAGCCCAGAGGACCUCCAUGCUCGCAGGAACUCCCCUACGGUCGUGGCACCUGGGGCCCAACAGCUGCUCGAUCCUGGUUCGCGUGCCCCCACGCGGUCAGUCCGCAAAAGGCGACGUCCUGGACGCUGGACUGGAUCAACAUGGCCUCGUACGACGCGAACGAACGCGCGACGCAAUGCACCAGCGCGCUGGGCUGUCGCGCCUUCGACCUCUUGCGCGAUUGCUCCCACUCGACCGAUGUCUGCUGUAUGAGGCGGAGGUCUGAUCGCGCACCAGACUUCCAGCGCUCGCCCAACGUUGCGUCGAGCUUGGAAAACAGCUGUUCCCCAUCCCUGUCUCAGUGCCACAUACUCUGCCUGCCGUGUAAUGGCACGUUUGCCUUCAUGAACUUGGGCAACACGGGCGAAUGGAGAGGCCAGUCCCAGGUACUCAUCGCAGGCAAGUCGUGGACAGACAUGAUGAAGAUGAAGGUUGAUCUCAACAGCAGAUACCCACCACUUGCCACCGACCUCAACACUCCGCCCUCCUCCUCUGCUUCGCCAGCCACCUCAGAACUCCCACCAGUCACAUCCACCAGCAACAUGUCCAACCCCUGGCCACACAACGCAAAAUGCGCCAUCUCCUUCACAAUGGACAACCUAGGCGAGGCGCAAGCAGUACACAACAAGGAGUGGCCGCCGGACGAGCCAACAGGCCAGCACCCCUCGGUGACACAGACGCUGCCCCGCAUCCUGGACCUGCUCGGCGCCGGCGGCAUCAGGGCCACCUACUUCGCCGAGGCCUGGAGCCUGGGCGUCUACCCGGCCGCCGUCGCCGAGCUCCGCCGCCGCGGCCACGAGGUCGCCUGGCACGGCUUCCAGCACGAGCCGUGGCACGCGCUGUCGCCCGAGGACGAGGAGGCCAGCUUCGAGCGGAGCCACGCCGAGGCGCUGGCGCACGGGGUGCCGUACCGCGGGUUCCGGCCGCCGGGCGGCAGUAUCAAUGGGGACAGGACGCUGGAGCUGUGCCGGAGGUAUGGCGUCGAGUACGUCUCGCCGCUGGGGACCUUCGGUGUUGACAAGGGGGCCGCGGGUGAGACUCCUGUGGUGAUCCUCCCGUUUGAGUGGGAGGCUGUGGAUGCGUUCUGGUAUAUGGAUAUCGAAAAAUUUGCUGAGAUUCGCCGUGACCGCGGGUUGCAGGGGGGGCCGCUUGGCCCGGAGGGCUUUCGGGCGUAUUUGCUGCGGCGGGUUGAGGAGGUCAAGACGGAGGGAGGGUAUAUGUCGAUUCUGUUUCAUCCUUUCCUGAUAACUGAUGAGGAGAGGAUGACGGUGCUGGAGGAGGUUGUACAGAAGAUUGGGUUAGAUCAUGAAAUCUGGUGUGCGCCUUGUGAAGAAGUUACGAAGUGGGUGAAGGGUCACGAGAGUAAUUUUGGGUUUGAUGUGUGA